AUGAUCAAGGCCCGCCGUGGCAAGCACCUCCACCACCUCGCCGCACACUAUGGGAGGACCAACAGAGGUAUGUCGGUUCCCUCGCUCUCCCACUUUUUCCCCGGACCCCUACACAUUGCCAGGGACACCCUUGACGGCCCUUCCUCGGAUUCAGACAACGCGCCUGCCAAUCUGCCAACUGUGUAUGCCGUCACCGAGGAGACUCCUUCAGGGGUUCACAUCCGACUCGCGAAGGAGAAUGAGGAGCUCGACAAUUGGAUCUCAGUCCUGCACUACUCGGCUGUAAUCGCCGAUGUGCUCCACUCGAAUCCAAAUAUUCGACACGGUGAUUCAAACCUAUCCGAAGAACGUCUCGAAGAGCCCCGACUCAUAUACUUCGGGGAAGGGCUUGACAAGAACGGUCGAGUGCCUGAGAUAGAGGAGAGUUUGCGCCGCCUCGAGGACCGUCAACUCACUUCAGUUGAGCCGACAGAUGAAAUCAAUCGAGCUGGCCUUUUCCUUAGCAUUAAGAAAGAGGUUGUCAAGCAAAUCAACGCGAGCUUCUUGGAAGUUUGCAACUACUCCGAGUGGGUGGCGAACAUCGUGCCUGUAGAGAAGAAAGAUGGAAGAGUCAGAGUAUGCAUCGACUAUCAGGAUCUCAACAAGGCCAGCCCUAAAGACAACUUCCCUCUGCCCCACAUCGACGUCCUGGUCGACAACACUAUUCGGAUGGUUGAGGAGGACAGGAUCAAGACGACGUUCACCACAAUGUGGGGCACUUUCUGUUACCGGGUCAUACCCUUCGGCCUGAAGAACGCCGGGGCAACAUACCAGAGGGCUAUAGUCACGCUAUUCUACGACAUGAUGCAUAAGGAGAUCGAGAAGUACAAGCUUCGGUUUAACUCGGCAAAGUGCACAUUCGGCGCCAAUUCAGGGAAACUGCUAGGAUUUGUGGUCAGCGAACGAGGCAUCGAGGUUGAUCCUGACAAGGUGAAAGCAAUAAGGGAGCUACCUUCGCCAUCGACGGUCCGUGAAGUACGAGGUUUCCUUGUACGGCUGAACUACAUCGCGCGAUUCAUUGCAAACUUGACAGACAAAUGUCGACUGCUCUUCCGUCUACUUCGCAAAAACGCAGCAAUCGAGUGGGACGAGGAAUGUCAGAAAGCCUUCGACACCAUCAAGGCAUACUUGGUUCAGCUGCUGGUGCUGGUCCCGCCUACACCGGAUCUUCCUCUUAUCCUUUACCUGACACUAACGGAAUACGAUAUCGAGUACGUGCCCUGCACAUCAGUCAAGGGGCAGGCAAUUGCGGAUCACUUAGUGGAGUUCUCAAUCGAGGAUGAUAGGCCGAUCAACUCCGACUUUCCGGACGAAGGGAUACUCCAAGAGGACGAUGAUGAGGAUAAACUCGCAUGGAAGAUGUAUUUCGACAGCGUAGUAAAUUCCAUCGGGUCCAGCAUCGGUGCAGUGCUGAUAUCCCCCGAUGGACGCUAUUAUCCGAUUGCAGCAAAGGUCGAUUUCCCCAACACCAACAACGUGGCCGAAUACGAGACGCUAGGGCAAUGGAAGAUGAAAUAUGCGAAGUUAAUGCCAUACUACGAGUAUCUCAAGGAGUUAGCGAGGAACUUCGAGAAAAUCUCGUUCACUUGCAUGCCACGCAUCAAGAACCAGUUUGCAGACGCACUCGCGACGCUCGCAUCCAUGAUGAUCAUCACGAAAUAA